AUGGCAUCCCCCCAACCAUCAACAACAGUUCAAAGCACCACCUUCACCUACCCACCCCACCACUCCUUCCCUCCCUUCUACACCCUACAACCAAACCAAACCACUCUAACCCGCCAACUCUCCCUCUGGUCCCAACUAAUCCUCUCCUUCUGCUCCCACCACCACACCUUCAAACUCUCCCCCUCAUCCGCAGCCACCCUCCCCCUUUUCUCAAACCAGAAAAUCCACCGCAGUCUAGACGCCCUCUCCAUAAAAAAAACUCCUCGACUACAUGGCAAGCCCCGAAGGAGAGUUCCGCGCCGAAUACGUGGGCAAAGAGAAGAGUACGGUCUGGGUUUGGUGGAAGAGUGCGGGGAGUGGGCGGAUGAAAUUGCGAGGUGGGUGGAUGAGACAGGCCAGAAAGGUGUUGUGUUGACGAUAUACGAAUUGAGGGAGUCGGAGGCGGUGGAGAGGCAGGAGUGGGUGGGUAUGGAUGAGGAUAUGUUGAGGAGGUGUUUGGAUGUGUUGGUUAAGAAGGGGAGGGCGCAGGUGUUUGGCCAGGCGGAUGGGAGUGGUGUCAAGUUCUUUUGA